AUACCAAGACCACUCUAAAAAAAAAAAACAAGCUUUCCCAAAGUCAACCAAGAACGCCCCUUCAAUCAAAAUAGUAUGAACCAGACUGUUAACAACACUAUGACGCCUUCCAUUCAGCUCUCACAUGACGAGGACACUCGUGGCCGCCGUACAUCAUCGGUUAUUCCUCUGACCAAGUCCUUAACAUCCGAUUCAGCCAAGAGUCGUCGCUCCUCACUACGUGCAUUUGCAGAGCGUCUUCGCUCCCGUUCAGCUUCUCAAGCUCGUUCCCCCACAUCCUCACGUAGCAGCUUCGACGAUAAUGAUCAGCGCGAUGAAUUCAAGUAUUCUCGACGCAGAUCAUCCGAGAUUAAGGGCGACUAUGCAGAUGUCGUCCGUGCCCAGGCCUUGUUUGUAGACAAACUAAGAGAGGAGCAGCUUAAGAAGGGAAUUACUCAUAAUGCUGAUGGCCUACCCAUCCCUCCCCCUAUCGAGCAACGUGAACGUCGCCGAUCAAGCUUUACGCAGGCUCUGGGUUUGGACAAACCAUUGCUUGCUCGUUAAAAAAACGCCUAUCCUGUCUUUUACUUCAAUACGCUUCUUCUCUACUCUCUUAACCUUCUACUCAGCUCUUCUUUUGUCUAUAACCAAUUUAUAGUAGAUACACAUUGUACAAUAGUUUUCUAAAAUAUAUUUGAAUAAUAUAAUAAGUAAUUAAAGAAACAUUAUGUAAUCCAA